AUGCAAAUAGAUACUCAACAAAUUUAAACUCCCUAAGGUUUUUAUAAAUACAAUAUAUAUAUAAUAAAAAAGCCAAAAAAGAAUAAAAAUCGACUAAAAGUGGAAGGACUAUCAUUCGAAAUACCUAUUACUUUAAAGAUAAUCUAGAAAUAAGAACAAGGCUUGGGUAAAAUAAUGUUGAAGAAAAAUAAAGUAAUGUUUUUCGAGGAAACAAAAAAAGCUUUUAACUGGAACAAAUAAAGAAAGAUGAUUUAAAGUAAAACAAUGAAAAUGAGAUAAAUUUAUAGUAAAAAACACCUGAAUAGAUCGAAUAAGAAUUGAUAGAAAAUAAUUAAUAAAAUAAUGUCAAAAAUUAAAACAAAGGUGGAUAUUAAAUAAGAAAAAAUAGAUAAAAGCCAGUAAAAAAUAAAAAAUAAAAAAAAAUUAUAUAUAUUAUUUAAAGAAAUAUACAUAAGAAUUUUAUACUGAUAUUGCUCCUUAAUAGAAACAAAAUAAUUUAUUAAAUAAAAUCAAAGGAAGUUAGAAAAAAAAAUCCGAAGAAAUUAUUUUAAAUCCGCUGUCCCCAAAUUAAAAUUAAACAAAAUUUAGUUUAAAAAAAAACAAAUUAA